UUGUCUUAAUGGCUUCAUCUCUAGGCUUCAUACUUCAUCAUCGCUAAGUUGGUUUUCCAAUCUGUGUGUACUAGUAAACUUUGAUGUAAAACCAUUUCCUACAUAUUUGUUGAUCAGUUGCUUGAUAAAAAUAGCAUCUGCAGUGAAAAGACAACAUAAAUAUAAAGAAGAUGAAAUUCAUGUCAACAUUACAUGAAAUACAUUAAAUGAAGCAAUUGGUUAUUAAAUAAAUAAUCAUCAAACUUUUUCUUCUUGUUUGAAACUUUAAUAAUGUCAAUAUAAGGGGAACUGUACAGUAAUCAAUUAAAUUCAGUUGUCACGAGUUGAUAGGUUUAUAAAAAUGCUGUAACUGUAAACUAUAAACUACCUACCCUUUGAACCAUACCAGUUUGAACAUUAUCUACUCCUCUAAAGAAAUAAAUUAUGAUGUAUGGCUUGUCCCUAAAGAAAUAUAUUAUUAUGAAUGGCUUGUCCUCUAAAGAAAUAUAUUAUGAGGCCUGUGAAUGGCUUGUCUGCAUUCAGAACUUUAAUUGAAAGGAUCUCUGUUUGAUAGUUGCUACUAUAUUCGGUUCUAUGUCAAAGAUCUUGAACGUCGUCAUAUGAGCGAAAUAUUCUCAAGCACGAUGUUAAACCCAAUUUCACGUCACCUCACCUCAAAGAUCUUGACAUUUCCAUGACUGAAAUAGAAAUACCCAGUACAUUUGUUCAAACUUGUUUGACCCAUUAAUCAUUACCAGGUCCUGGAGUAAGAUAAAGGGGUGCUGAUUGUAAUUCUUAUAGAGUUGUUGUGUCCUGGUAGUUUACUGAGUGUUGUUAGAUACCUUGUGAAACAACAGGAUGUAGACUUGUCUUGCACAACGCUGUUUCACCAGGUGUACAUUCCUCCACUGAUAUCCUGACGCAGGUAUACAUGUGAGCUAUUUCAAUCUUGUGAACAGGACCUGGUUUAAAGAUGACUGAUGAUUCGGAAGAUGCAAGGUUUUAUAGCUAUGAAGAAGAAGAGAAAGAGGUGAAGCCGGAGUCUGACCGGUAUGAUCUGGGACAUCCGGAUCGGGCGUGGCUCUGAUUGUGUGCAAUGAGUCUUUCUCAAACAGCAUGCCUCGAGCAGGAGCACAUCAUGAUGUGGAAUACUUUAAGAAGAUUUUCCAGAAACUUGGCUUCAAGGAUAUACGUGACAAGUAUAAUCUGACAGCUGAUGAUAUGCUUGAUUGGUUCACUGCAGUAUCUCAAGAAGAUCACAGUCAGCGUGACUGUCUGGCUGUUGCUAUUACCUCCACGGAGAGAAGUAUACUCAAGUUGAUCCUAAGAGGUACAAUGUCUCCAUUGAUCGAGAUAUCAUCCUCGGCUCACAGGGGGCAGUUUACACAGAAGAGCUGGUGGACAUGUUCUCUGAUAGGAAUUGUCCCUCCCUGGCCCGCAAACCAAGACUGUUCCUGCUGCAGGCCUGUCGAGGGAUAAAUCUGGAUGAUGGUGUUGAAUUAAUGAGGGACUUUGAUGAGGUUGACGCCUUACCAAUACUUGUACCUGAAUAUACAGUGUCCCCAGUGCCAUGCUUCAAGGACUUCUGUAUUGUGUAUGCCACCCCUCCAGGAUGUUUUGCAUUUCGGCGGCCAUCAGAAGGGUCCUGGUUUGUAAAAGCUUUCUGGGAUGUUGUGGAAAAAGUGGACCUGUCUCGUGUGGAUUUUUUACGUUUGGCGACGCAGGUUAUACACCAGGUGGCGUUCUCCUUCCAGUCGUCAGCCGAUGAUCCAAGAAUAGAUGCCAAGAAACAGUCAGGGUGUAUCUAUUCAAUGUUGACCAAGGAUGUUUACUUCACACCCAAACAAGACGCUAAUUAGGUAAUAUUAAAUCCUGCUGUUUAAUAUUUGGAACAGUAUCUUUUUGUCUAGAACAACUACCAACUUCCAUUUUCCCAUUUUUGUUAAGUGUAUUAGAUUUAUGUGAACACUUCUGAUAUCUUGUCAAUUCAUAUAUUUGUCAUAGGCUUGGUUUGCUAAAUGUUUUUGUGAACAACUCUCACCUUCAUCCAAGGAAAGAAUAAUAAACUUAAUUAACUAUU